GGCAGGGCCGGCAUAGGGGUGCGAUGAUUUGGAGGCGAUGGGGGUGUCUCGGCUGCCUGCUGGGGAUUUGGGGUGUGCAGGCUGCCCUCAUUACGCCGGGGGUCCGGGUCAAAUGGGCAAAGUCCUCAAAUCCGCUGGGACGUGUUUCUGGCUGGACGCGAGAAGAGCCGGUGCUUGCACCCAGCUGGUGGGGGCAAACCCUGGGGGACCCCCAAAGUCAUGUGCGACCUGCCUCUCCUUUUCCCCCCGUCUCCUGGGCACCCACAUCCCAUCUCCUGGGCAUGUGAAAGCCGCUGGAAUUUGGCUGCCGGGGCCACACGUGACUGUCCCCGCUCAGGACACCCGGCACCCUGCCCGGGCCAAGGCUGGGCGCUUUCGGCACGGAUCCAGCCCAGCAGCUGGAAAAACUGGCCGGGUGCUGAGCAAACCGGGGGUCAGGGCCAUGUUUAACCCCUGCCCCUCGCCCUGCUGCGUGGCCGGACACGGGGACUUGGGGACACCGGCCGGCCCCUCUACGUCACCUCUCCCUCCUCCGUCCCCCAAAUCCUGCUGCGGCUGUGGGCGAGGAGCCGGGGACACGCAGCGAGGUCCCACGGGACACCAGCCCUGUCCCUCCGGAGGGGCUCCCGUGCCCCACGCCAGCCCGGGACGGACACCGGGGCUGCGGUGGGGGGACGGGGACCCCGAAAGGAGCAGCCGGUGCCUCCCCGCACCUCUCCACGGCAGAGCAUCCAUCGCCGGGACCAUGGCAGCCCAGCCCGACGGAGGCGAGAAGCCCUUCCACAUCAUCUCGCCCAUCCUGGAGAGCCUACCCCUGUCCAGGGCAGCGGGCACCAAGGUCUACAUGAAGCUGGAAAACGUCCAGCCCAUGGGCUCCUUCAAGAUCCGCGGCAUCGGCCGCCUCUGCCAGGAGGCCGCCGAGAAGGGUUGCCGCCGUUUCGUUUGCUCUUCGGGGGGGAACGCGGGUCUGGCGGCAGCGUACGCGGCCAAAAAGCUGGGGUUGCCGGUCACCGUCGUGGUCCCCAGUACCACUGGCCCCGCCAUGGUGCGCAAACUGGAGGAGCUGGGGGCGGAGGUGGAGGUCUCUGGCCAGGCUUUCCUGCUCUCCCCCGUUCCCACUCUCUAA